AUGAGCAGCUUGGUAGAAAGCACCAUGGAAGACGCCUCCACCGACGCCUCGGGCAACAAACGCAAGAGGAUCUGGGCCGCCUGCGAGCCCUGCCGAAAACGCAAAUCCAAAUGCGACGGUCAGAACCCGUGCUCAGGAUGCGUCUCCACCAUCAAGACAGCCAUGCUGCCCAUCAAUGCCACCACUCUCCAGAAUGGCACCAUCGACGAGGCACUCGUGCAGGCAAAGGCACAGGAACUCUGCGUCUUUGACUGGAACCGCAAGCCUCGCGGGCCCAAGGGCAAAAAGGCCGCCUUUGCUGCCGCCUUUGGCGCAGAGUCCACCGGCAGCGUAGGCGCUCCCCGCAGUCACACCAGCGCCGGUCCCGCCUACAUGGAAGCUCAGAAGCGCACCCUCAACGAGACGCAACAUCUCAACUCGGCUCCCCAUCUGCCCAACUACGAUCCCGCCUUCACCUUCUCCUCGCUCGACAGCUUGUCCGCCGCCUCCAGCUCCACCACCUCGCCCGCCCUCGCACCACCCUGGCCCGAAAUGCACCCUCCCCCCAUCGUCGAAAAUGGCGGUCCGCAUUACGAGCACCACGUGCCUACAUCCGCCAUGCACCCCACCUCGAUGGCAAACGGCGUCCAUGCUGCGCAGGCCUCCUCGUCCCACGGUCGCCCCGAGCUCUACCAACGCGGAUCCAACGAGAGCAGCUCCUUGUCCGACUUUAGCUCUCAUACCUUUGCAGGCCGUCACUCCGAAUCCAACACCUCCCUCUCCACUUUCUCUCCGCCCAUGGCCCCGGGCCCUUCGUCUCGACCCAUGGGAACCGAGGAGCGUCCGCUUAAACAAGCCGCCUACGACUACUUUGGCAGCGCCGACAACCGCAUCAGCAAGGCUUCCCUCAGCGCCUGGGACGCCCUCGCCGACGGUGCCAGCCAUCCGCGUUCCAACAGCGUGUCGAGCUUGCUCCGCUCGCAAAACUCGGCCGGCACCUCUCCCACCGAGGUCAACCGUCACGGCGCCUCGCCAUCCCACUCACAGGGCUCCGGCAGCCUCCCUGCCGGUGCAUCGCCGCAGUCGGAUGGCAGCGUCAACUACUUCAACGCGGCCACGAAGCUCUCGUCCGCCGAAGCCGACAAUUGCGACACGCGCUACCACGACCAGUCGAUGCUCAUCAACCGCCUCAAGCCAUACUACUCGGAAAAGGACCGCCCCUUUGUCGCUCUCGCCAUCUCGCAAUUCGAGGCGCUCGACUCGUUCGAAAAGAUGAUCCCCUCCCGUUAUCUCUUUGGCUCGUCGCCAGGCUCGAGUGGGCGUGACCCGCCGGCGCACGUGUUGCUCGCCCUGCUCGCCUUCCUGGCACACCGCGCGCUGCUCCUCCCGGACAGCAUGAACAUCGAGGACCUCGACCUGCAGGCGGGCGACCUGGUGCUGCGCUGCGCCAACAACUACGGCAGGCUCGAGGGCGACGACCGCAAGCAGAUGCUCUCGUUUGCCCGACGCAGCUGGACGCUCGCCAACGACCUCAUGCUCCAAAAGAUCCGCAGCGGCGACGUCGAUCCGCGCCUCAUCAUCACCGGCAUGCUCCUCGAGAUGGGUGCCGGCGAGGAUGGCCUGAGCAGCAAGGGCCUCGUCCAGCGCAAGAUGUGGCUCUUCCGCCUCGCCUAUUGCUGGCGAUUGCACCAGCUCGACGCCAAGCCCGAUUCGGAAAGCUGGAACACGGCCUGGGACGGUCGCGAGGUGCUGCAGAAGGCCAUCGAGAUCUCGGGCGCCACCAGCGCCGACGAUCCGCGGGCUCCGCUUCCCCGCGCCGCCGACACACGCUCCAUGAUCAAGGACCCCAUCGAACUCGAGGCGAUCCGCAGGCAGGUGUCGCUCAUUUUCACCGCCGCGUAUUGGGUGCAGACGGCGGAUCUUCAGGUGCCCAAGUUUGACGUAUACACGAUGGAGCUCGAGCCCGCCGGUGCCGACGACUUUAUCCACCACGGAUCCAAUUGGACGCCCAAGGUGCACCCGGCCUCCAACGGCUAUCUGACUCAGACGCGCGAUCUGAUCUUCCGCACCUACGGCCGGCUGACACGCCUGCUGCACACGCCACUCGCCGACAUCUGCACCGGCCACUCGCCCGAGCCGGACCUACAGCACGCGAUCACCGAGAUGGAGACGACGCUCGACUGGCUGAUGGAGCGCAUCGGCUCGGUGACGUACGAAGGGCCCGAGAUGCCGCUGCGUGUGGCGGCGUUUGUGCACUCGCGCAUUGUGGCGCUGCUCAUGUACCGUCUCUUCAUCUCGAUCCAGGCCUUCUUCUUCUUGUUCCCCGAACGCACCACGGCCAAGACGGACAAGUCGCUGCGCAUCGCUUCGACGCUCAUGCCCAAGGGCGAGGCGCGCUCCAAUUUCGAGAUGAUCGCCGGAGGCAGCAUGGCGCCCGAGUCCGAGAGCGAGGACGACGGAGUGGCGGGACGCGACUUCCAGGGGCGCCGGCUGUUGCCGCGGCCGCAGUUUACGCGUCAUCCGAUGAAGGCGUCGAUGGCGGUGCUGUGGGAGACGGGUGGCGUGGCCAAGCGGCUGCUGGAUCUGCAUCGGGCGCGCGACGCGGCGCUCGAACCCGUGGAGGGCCCGUCGGCGAGUGCGCUGCGGGCGGGCGAGGGCGAGAAGGAAAAGACGGGCAACGAGGUGGGCAAGACGAUGGAUGCGUCGCUGCGUGCGGUGCGGUGGCCGCGGCAUCUGCGUCUGUUUGCGCAGCACGCGUAUGCGAUGGCGGCCGAGGCGCAUGUGGCGGGCGCCUCGUGGCUCGACACGUACGGCGACGAGAAUCCGUCGUGGAAGACGCCGGCGACGUUUGAGCUGCUGCCGGAGUUCAACAACGAGCACAUCGAGAGCGGACUGUGGGACACGGGCGACGCCUUCCUGGAGCUGCUCGAGGCCAUGGCCAAGAUGGGCAGCACGCACGCGCGCAGCAACGAGGAGGCCACGCUGCGCUACCGCCAAGAGCGCUGGAACUGGGCCAAGCGCUACCAGCAGCCGCCGAGCGGCCUCACCAGCAUGCCCAUUCCCAAGUAG